AUGGACGCACUUUUGGACUGCGCAUCAAAAGGAGCGUUUCUUGCAUCCAUUCAUUCUGACGAGGAAAAUGACGCAGUCAAAGAUCUUUUGAUGAAGGGGAAAGUUUCGAGGGCAUACAUUGGCCUGCAAUCCAAAAAAUAUGAUGUUGCACAACGGUAUUGGUCUGAUGGCACUCCGGUAAAUUACUUCAAAUGGAUGUCCGGAAAACCAGAUAAUGGGAAGUAUGAAGACGAUGGUUGUGUUGUAAUAAGUGCAAAAGGUGGAUUCUGGGACGAUUGGGCUUGCGAAGUAAACGCCGAUGUUGAAAUAUCCGCGGCCGUAUGCCAAAUAAAUAAGAGAAUGUGUCCAGAGGGAUUUGCAUUUUUUUCUGUAACGAACAAUUGUUAUCGGGUUAGUUUUUAAUC